CCUGUUUCCUUCUCCACGAGCAGAGACGUUUUUAAAUAAACGCUUUAAGCCUUUAAGUUUGAAGAAAAAGAAAAUCCAGGAGAGAGCUUCGUUUGAGCCGGCCGGACGCCUGUACUGUACCACUACCAGUAGCAGCACGCGCUGGUGCUGGCGCUCUGCGCAGGAGGGCAGCAGCUUAGCCACAGCCACAAAUUAACCUCGCUAGCUCAUCACCAUCAUCAGUUCACCACCACCACCAAGGAAGGCAGGCAAGCACCACCAUCUAUCCGCGUACGUCUCCGUCUCCGUCGCCAUCCCCAUCCCCAUCCAUCUGGCCACAUCCCAAAGGCGACGUCGCGCUGUGCAGCCGUCAAUGGGGACGCCUGCGGGCGGCCUAAUUCUUCUUCCCGUAUAGAUGCCUCCCGUCUUUCCCCCAUCUCCCCCAUCAGGCCGGCUACCCCUCCCCGGACCCAGAGUAGCGAGCAACAGCAAGUCGGUAACGCCAAGCCUGCGUACACGCAUACAUAGGUAGAUCCGAUCCCUCUCUACUACUGCCCUAUAGUGUGGCGGCCGCGGCGUCUGCGUACCCAGCAGCAGAUAGCUCCAGCGACUGUCAUCGCAGCAGAACCUAGCUUGCUACGUAGCAGCCAGUGCAGUGGAUCGGAGGCAAGAAGCAGGCGGCGGAAGCAAAUUAAAGGAAGGGAGGAGCAAGAAAUACCAGAGGAAGCAAGCGUAGCGUAGUAGACCUCUACCUCUCAUAACUGCUUCUGGUAAGCGGAAGAAGCUAUGGACCAGUUCGCCGCGAGCCGGAGAUUCUCUAGAAAUGAUGGGGCGGACGAGGAGCAGGAGGAUGUGUCCAAUUCCAUGCGCGAGAUCUCUUUCAUGCCGGGGGCCGCGUCAUCUUCGGCGGCAGCUUCCGCGUCCGCCUCGGGAAGCAGCUGCGCCCCCUUCCGCUCCGCGUCGGCGGAUGGCGCCGGAGCGUCGGGGAGCGGCGGCGACGGCGACGGCUCGGGAGACGUGGAGAAGGAGCACAUGUUCGACAAGGUGGUGACGCCGAGCGACGUGGGGAAGCUCAACAGGCUGGUCAUCCCGAAGCAGUACGCGGAGAAGUACUUCCCGCUCGACGCGGCGGGUAACGAGAAGGGCCUCCUCCUCAGCUUCGAGGACAGCGACGGCAAGCACUGGCGCUUCCGCUACUCCUACUGGAACAGCAGCCAGAGCUACGUCAUGACCAAGGGCUGGAGCCGCUUCGUCAAGGAAAAGCGCCUCGUCGCCGGGGACACCGUCUCCUUCUCCCGCUCCCGCUCCGCCGCCGAGGUCGUCGACGACGCGCGCCGCCACCGGCUAUUCAUCGACUGGAAGCGUCGGGGACUCGACACCCGCGGCCCGCUUCGCUUCUCCGGCCUCGCGCUGCCGAUGCCGCUGGCGUCGUACUACGGCGCCCCCCACCACUACAGCUCGUGGGGCCUCGGCGGCGGGGGAGGGUUCUUCAUGCCGCCCUCGCCGCCCGCCACGCUCUACGAGCACCGCCUCAGACAGGGCCUCGACUUCCGCGGCAUGACGACCUACCCCGCGCUGACCGUGGGGAGGCAGCUCCUGUUUUUCGGCUCGCCCAGGAUGCCUCCUCAUCACGCACAGCCCCAGCCGCGCCCGCUGCCGCUGCCGCUGCACCACUACACGAUGCAACCGAGCGCAGCCGGCGUUACCGCCGCGUCCGCGUCACGGCCGCUCGUCGUCGACGUUGACUCGGUGCCAGCCAUCGAGAGCCCGACCACCGCCGCGAAGCGGGUCCGGCUGUUCGGCGUCAACCUGGACAACAAGCCGCUGUCAGUCUCAGACGGCGGCCGCGAGGCCAGCCAUCAGUCGGGCUCGGGCAACGCAUUAUUGCCGUUGCCGCAGAUGCCCGGCGGGUGGCAGCAAAGGACCCCAACUCUACGGCUGCUAGAGUUGCCUCGCCAUGGCGCGGAGUCCUCUGCGGCAUCGUCUCCGUCAUCAUCGUCUUCCGCCAAGAGGGAGGCGCGUUCAGCUGCUUUGGAUCUCGAUCUGUGACCUAAAGGCAAAAUCAUUCAUAUCAAAAGGAAAGUUCAAACGAUUCUUUCUUUUCCGCUUGUUUCGGGUUCUUCCUAUAUAUUGCCUUCUUCUCUCUUUUGAUUGAUCCAUUAUAUAACUUUUGAUGAUAGGAUCUAGGAUUUGACGUUUUCAUUUCCUUGUUUUUGGCCCUUCACUUUUUUUUUCUCUCUCUUUUGAUGGGUUGGUUUGAGAAGAUACAUAAUAUAAACACUUGGAAAAUCGAUCAAUGUUUUUCCCCCAAAACCGUGUCAUGUUCUUCAAUUCAGCACUCAUGAUAUGAUUUUUUUUUUCUCGCGCUGUUACAUUCCCGCCCCUCUGUACUCGUGUACGCACUUGCCCCCAAUCUGAUCGGAAAUCCUCAUCCCGAAUCCCUACAUAUGAUAACAUGCAUCUGCAGAUCUGUCUAUUAUCUCCUAACGUACGUACGUGUAGUAUCUAGAUUUGAAGAUAUCCAUCAGCAGAAUUCUAUGCAGUGCAAGAGUAGCAUCGUCGACGAUCUUUGUCAUGAUCUUGUAUGUUUUCUAGAACAAAUUCAACUCUGCCGAUCAGCACAGAUGGACGGAGGACAUUGAUCUCGCGCAUUGACAACCUUGCAGCUGCUGAGCAACAGAUUGCAGGUGCGAGCUUAAAACCCCCUCACGCAUUGGGUACUUGUAUCUCAUCAUCUCAUAUCUAUGGAGAGGAAUGCAUGGACAUCCUUUUAUUGUACUACUGGUCUACUGCUGUACUUGUGUGCUCUAUCUUCUGCUUUUCUGCGUAUGAGUAUCAUACAUGUAUAGAGCAUGCAUAUAUAGAAGGCGCUACCGCAGCAAAAAACAAACAAGGACUCGUCCUUUUUCUUGCUACGAAAGAGGACACAGAAAUAACUCAUCUGUGGUCCAACUUUCGUAUAGUUUGGAUUGUCUCUGGGCCUCGGCUGCACACUGCAUAUACAUACAUAAGCACAGAGGCAGCGGGGUCUCCAAGCUAGAUAGAGAGAGAGAGAGAGAGAGAGAGAGAGAGAGAGAUCUUUAUGAUCUUCCCAGUGAUCUGUAAAAAGCCAGUGUUACAUUGCCAACAACGGCGCCAGUGUACAUUGCCAGGAAUUCAUGAAGGUGAGGGGAGGAGGACUAUCGGCGUACGAACCAAGCUAUGCACUGUUGCUGUAGGAGUAGGAACAAUGCGUAGGGGUGUACAAACCUGAUGGCUGCCUCUGCGCAGUUGCCAGCUCUUGCCUCCCGGCCUCCUUGUGCGAUGUGCAGCGCGUUGCUUCGAUCGAUGCUAUUGCCAGCCUGCGAUGCGAGUACUAUGCUGGCCGGGGCGUGGUGUGGUGUGGGAGCCUGGGAGGACAUAAAAGAGGCCACGCGUACGUACCGGCCUCUCUCGUCAGCUCAUCAGCCGGCUUUGGCUAGAUUUCCCUAACUUCUUCCCAGUAAUCUGUGUAGAGCGUGCAAUUCUUUCUGCGAUGGGAUGGGUCGGAAACUUAGGAGGCCAGGGAUGGGGCGCUGAACCUCUUGCAAGAAAAGUGACUUUGGUCUUACUGAAAGAUGGGAAAGAGGGGGCAAAACGGAUUUUUAUGGGAUUGGGAAGGUGAAAAGGGGAACGCCAUCAUGCUGAUAUAUAUGCAUCAUGGUCUUCCACAAAGGAGAUGGAGAGAUCCUGCUCACUCUUCUUAUUAGCAUUCAUCCCUUCUUAACUUGUGUUCAGCAUGCAUGUAUAUAUGUAAUUUCUUUCCAGAGUACAAACUCAGCCCAUAUGUAUGUAGCUCCAUGCUAUGCCGCAUGCAUAUUUUGAUACAUGUAGCUUGAGAUGUCUGCAACUGCAACACUGAUGUGCAUCGUUCUCUACAGUAGGGCUAUAGCUUGAUUUAUAGAUAGAUAAAUGCGUUUCUUCUUGCGAACCUUGCCCUCUUUUACAUUCUUCUAUAUCAUGUCGUAGCUUAGUAUCCCAUCCAUCCCAAAAUAUUAGUCGUUUUUAGCAUUUUACUAUAUUCUACAGUACUUAAUAUGUAUGUGUUUUAUAUAUGUAUGUCUAAGUUUAUUGUUAUCCGUUUAAAUAUAAACAUAAAAUUUCAACGGUUAAAACAACUAAUAUUUUGGUACGGAUGGAGUAGAAAUUUAUAAUCCCUAUAAUGUAUAGGCCUAGGCGAAGAAUCAAAACUGCAUCUGCAUCCUACAUCGAAAUAGUUCCUGUUUUUGGAAUCUCUACCUUGCUUAUUCUAUAGAAUACAAAUACAAAAACCAUGUUCCUUAUUCUUCGUUUUUGUGCUUAUGUACUACUUCACCAUUUUUUCUUUACUUUUGAAAGGGGUUGUUAUUUGGUUUUUACAUAUGAAUUUGCUUAUUGCAUUGAUCACGUGUAGUUAAUGGCUUUUGUUAGUAACUUCACCAAUAUGUAGGUUUAUACCAUGCCUUUUAAUCUCUGAUGUGUGUCGUUGUAUUGCUGCCCAUAGCCUUUUGUAAUAGAUUUUACUCCAUCAGAAAUUUACUACUUCACAAGUGUAUCUCUUACUGUGAGGGGGGAGUAUUUGCCUGCUUAAUAUCUAAUAAAAGCACUAUAUAUCAACUCUUUUUUGGACUUGUAGCUAUAUGGGUUAAUAUUAUCUUAUCAACGCAAAAUGUGACAUUGUUCCAAUAUAUCACUGUACUCUCAUUGAAAUAACAAAUAAACCAUGUUAUGCUCGAUCUACGAGUAAAGUACAUCAACAGUCCAUGACAUACUUUAAAUAGUUAAUAUGGGUUCCUGUGACCUUGAAUAGCACAUGGUUCAUUCUAGAUGAUACACCCAAAAUAGUUCAUGGACUGCUGAUGCACUUUACUCAUCACUCUACCUGUACACUGGUGUUAAUGAUUUGUCAUGUAUCAAAAUAAUAGCUGAAAGAUGAAAAUGGAUAUCACCCUAGAUUGUAAAAAUAUGUAACAACAUUUCUGAAAAUUGCUUUAAAAUUCACUUCCGGUGCAUCAAUCUGUGUUCUAAUUAAUCAUAUAAUGUAUGGACCUUAGUGACAUAUGGUAUUUAGCCAAACAUUCAGAUUAAAUUAAAUUGUUAAAAGUGAAAGAACAAUGCGUGUGCUUAUUUUUUGUUCAUGUCGUAUAAGCUAGAUUGCUUGGAUCCCUUGCCAAGUUUAGACAGCAGAAAUCCUCCAGAUAGGCACAACCUAGCCUCAAAAUUGUGGGAAAGACACUCUUUACUUUUUCUUUGGGCAAUAUAUGAAUAUGGUAUUACUCCCUCGGAUUCUAAAUGUAGAUCGUUUUUAGGAUUCUAUUUAGGUAAUUCCAAAUAUUUGGACCAUCAAUUUAUAAAAAAAGCUACAUAUAAUCGACAAUGUUAUGUUGGAUUCACAUGGAAAAUAUUCUCAUAUGGUAUAUAACUUUAUCUGUUUAAAUAUUUUUACAUAAAAUGAGUUUCAUAUUGGCCAGCAUCAUGGUACCCUAAACAAUUUACAUUUGAAAUAUGUGGAAUAAGAGGGACUAUUUAUUUUAUUAUACACAUGGUAUGACAUAUUAGGCUAUUCUUUGGUGCAAAUUCUCUAUGCAAAAAACACCAAUACCUAUUAAUUAAUAUAUAGGUAAUUUGAUAUAUAUAUAUAUAUAUGUAUGUAAAAUUAUUUAUCUUCUAUAUUUGUGUAUAAUGUGAAUAUUUCUAUUAAUUUUAUCGGUGAAAGUAAUUUUACUAGAAGCUCUACUAUGUGGUAUAGAGCAUCUCAAGUGAUUGCAAUUGCUUUGUGCUAAGGACUGUCUCAACCUAGAAACUAUGUAAUAGUUUUUAUACUUGCCAAACAAUGUAAACACUACACAUAAAACUAUAUUACUAAUGAAUAGUUUCUUCAAGGUAAUUCUUUAUCGGACCAUAUAUAUCUUCUUUCUCCGUCAUCUACCUAUAAUCUCUUGGUUCAUAUGUAGACAUAGUUUUUUUUAUCAAGAAAACAUUUGUUUACCAGACAAAAUCAUUUGUUUACCAGACAAGAUAUAGUUAUCCCAAUGUAUAGUAUCAUGUGUUGUUUUAUAGUCCCCACAAGACAACCAAAUGCUAGAUUUGUAUAGGAGUAUGAAUUGUGGGCCACUUAGAUGGUUGUUUGAAUGCAUAUAAUGUCGUGCCUAAGUGGUAUCUCUCUUAAGAUACUGCUUUAUUCUCUUCUUUCUUUACUCACAUGUCACGUAAAUUUGCUAUCUCACAUGGCUUGUAUUAAAUUAGUAUGACACCAUACACUGGGAAUAGUUUUAAGAGCAAGUUUAAUAAUAUAACUCAUAACAUGAUUUAUGAUGUUGACAUGUCACAUGUGGCCAACUAAAAGCCUGCUUAUAUAAUAACCAUCCCAUGAUAUGAGCUCUACAUUUAAUACUUGCUCUAUCUCUUCCUCUCACAAAGUGUCUUGGAGUUUGUGAGUAGCCCACUUUCAGCUGGCUACUAGUGAGCCGUCUGCUUUCAUUAUCACUCCUUUUCUCUUUUUUCCAUAUCACCAGAUAUGACAUUUCUUGCAGUCUGCAUACAUCACCUUAUUAUAUUUGCUCUAAGAUACAAAUUUCCCUCCUAUUAAAUGUCUUGCCACAUCAAAGAUUCCUUGCAUCUCUUUAAUGGGCAUGAUACUGCCUAUUGAGAAUAGCCUUAGUUGGCAUCCUAAUAAAUGAACAUAGAAUUGUACUCCCCCCUCUAUCCCAAAUUAGAAUUCGUUUUGGAUAAUUAAUGGAUUCAUAUAAUAUUUGAUAUAUAUGUUUUAUAUGUGUAUCUAGAUUCAUCAUUAUCCAUUUAAAUAUGGACAAAAAAACCAAAGCUAAAACGAAUAGUAUUGCGGAACGGAGAGAGUAUAUCCUAGUUUCAUUCGGAGUGCCCGAAAACUAGAUAGGUCUAUUCCUAUCUUGAUCAAACAAAUUAAAGCAACGGACAAAAAAAAGGGUCAGGUUAAUACCAUGAAAUAAUCCAUAUGGUGGCGGUAUACCAUUAAAUCGUUUUUUGCAAAAAAAGGAAACAAAGUAACUGGGAUCAUGCAUGCAUGCACAUGUACGCUCCUACUAUAAUGCACAUGCACAUGCACUAUAGGAAGAGAACGCGCAGAGAGCAUCAAUAAUUCUAAAUGGUGGAAUAACA